ACCUUUUGAAAUAGUUAAUGUCAAAACCGGGAUCGUCUAACAUGACCUUCCCCGCCCAGCCCCGGACUGAGACUUGCAGCAUUGAGUUCCUGCAGCCUUUUACAGGUCCCCCGGGGUACCCUGAAGCUCCCCCGUGGUUCCCCUGUGUUCCCCCAUCUCACACACCCAGGGUUGGUCAGCACAGCGCUCCAAAAUGGCCGCCGUCUUCACCCUGGAGCUCCCCUGUGGCCCCGAGGAGGGUCACUAGAAAUGCCUCGCUGGAAGAAGUGAUCCUGUGCUCAUCUCUCUUGUCUUGUCACCCUCAUCAUGUCAGCUUACGGGGGCCAGGAGCUGAUCCAGGACACCUCUUGCGUUAGGGCCCAGAUUGGGUGCUUGUGUGGGACAUCCUCUUGUCGUUUCUGCUGUCGUUUUUGUCCCAGUUUUCCCGAGGAGGAGCAAGUCUGUGGCUGGCUCGGUGCGGGAGAGCAGUGCGCAGCGGUCUUGGGCUACACAGUUGUCUACAGGCUUGGAUUUGCUAUCACUGUGUAUCAUUUUCUGUUAAUGUUGAUUACUUGUGGUGUGAAGAGCAGCCGAGAUUGCCGUGCCGGACUGCAUAAUGGGAUGUGGUUCUACAAGUUCCUUAUCUGGAUCUUCCUCUGCUUUGGGUCAUUCUUCAUUCCGGACCCGAAACAUCUCUUCAUCAAUGCAUGGAUGUAUACUGCCAUGGCCGGAGCCGCUGUUUUCAUCGUGAUUCAGCUCCUGCUAUUGGUGUUCUGCUUUCACUCCUGGACGGACAAGUUGACCUCUAAGGUUGUCAAUGGCGGAUCUCCUCUACGCUGGUACGGAGGUGUGGCAGUACCAGUGUCCAUCUUGACAUACCUCCUGUGUGGCUGUUGCAUUGCGCUGUUGGUGAAGUUCUUCGUGCCUGAGACUCGCUGUCGCCUCAAUCUGUGGUUCAUAAUCAUCAAUGCUGUCGCGUGCAUUGUUGUUUCAAUUGUGGCCUUAGUGAAGCAAGGACCAAAAGACAUACGGCUGAGGCUCCUUCACUCCUCCCUUGUCUCCAUGUAUGUUACGUACCUCACAUGGAAUGCAAUAAGCAGUGCUCCGCGGGAACACAGAGAGUACGAACAGACUAGUCAUGGGGUUUGGAUCGGAGCCGGGCAUGAUGUUCGUUCCAGUUCGCUCUUGCCGCAGGAGAAGUUUUACUGUGGACCGAAGGUUGAGGACAGCAUCAUUGACGACAUUCUCCCCUACAUCAGCUUGUUGAUCACCUUCUUCACAGUCGUCUACAGUGCCACAGGAGCAGCGUCCCCGGAAAACUGCAAGGCGAUACAGUUCCCCUCCUGCCCAUCUCAGCAGAGUGUACGGAGACACAACGUAGAGGAUAUCGGAGGACAGAAAGUUCACCGUAAUGAAGCCAAUGGUCUGGCCUACAGCUAUCCACUCUUCCACGUCAUGCUCGGCCUGGCCACGCUCUACUUGAUGAUGAGCCUCACGGAUUGGUACACACCACACUCGGCAAAUCUCAUGACUUUCGGCCAGUCUUGGUCAGCCGUGUGGAUCAAAAUCAUUUCGAGUUGGGUCUGUCUUGUUAUCUAUCUUAUUGUAACUGUAUUCCCUACCAUGCUUCCAAAUAACAACUACCGGUCCGGCAGCGUGACUGUGGUCAAUGGGUACGCUGGGAGCUUGCGCGGAAGUAUGCACAGCCUGGAUGAUGAAGCGGCCGUCCCACUCUCACCAAGCAAGCAGACCGCCACAGUCCACCAAGAGACUACCGUUUAGACCGUCACCCGGUGGAAAAUCUGCGUGAACCUGUCUCUAAGGGUACGACCACACUGCUGGGUUUGCUGGGAGGGUUCAGGGUAGCGGGUUGCAUAGCAGGUCAGAGAGAACAAACACGUGUUAUUUCAUAGGAGUGACCAGACAAGACGCGGGUAGCGGGUCCCCUCCAAGCUUACUAGUAUUAGAUAACGUGUUUGUUCUUGCCGCUGACCUGUUACGCAUCCUGCUACCCUCUACCCUCUACCCUCCCAGCAAACCCAGCAAUGUGGCCGAACCCUCAGUCCCCCCCUCUCUCCCCCUCUCCUCCUCUCUGUGCCAAAAUGUCUGGAUUAUUUCUUACAUACACAAAAGUUGAGCAUCGUUUUGGAUAGUAACAUUUGUUCCCCACACCAAGCAGCCGUCAGCGCCAAGAGAGUGACGGAUCUGUCUUAACGGAAGUGGUCAAACUCUGUAAAUUCAAUAUGUUCUUUGUUUCAUGAAUGUUAACCUGGUAUCAGCGGGGGUCAUGUUUCUUAAUGGUCCCUCCAAGCGAGAAAAAUGAGAAAAAAUCACCCCUCACACAAACCAUUUCAUAAUAUAUAUCAAAGCAUUUGUGGUCAGAUUAUGUAUCGUCUAUUUUGGGGGGUUUAUAUCAUGGCACAAAUUUGGCCCGUCGCUGCUACACAGUAAAGCCACAAAUUUGGCCCGUCGCUGCUACACGGUAAAGCCACAAAUUUGGCCCGUCGCUGCUACAUGAUAAAGCCACAAAUUUGGCCCGUCGCUGCUACCAGGUUAAGAAACUAUCAUCCUAUGUACAUCAAUCUUAUUCAAACAGCUUGUCUGUCCGCUUAACCCCUCUACUACGGCCGGGUGAAAACGGCGCCCCAUCCCACAUCCGGGCUGACCGCGCGCCCCAAAUUUCAAACGACGCUUCUGUUCAUAACAAGUUUUCAGCCAUAAACUCAACAUAAUCAUCAUGUAUUAUAUAUAAAAACAUGUAAAGUUAAUGAAGGACUAUUGAAUCUCUAACAUGACAAGCUGGGUCAUGCACUCAACCACCAACUUUGGGUCACAUUGCAAGACAUUUCGCUGCCCAAGAACGCACAUUUGACAAGGCUUCCAUAGGAGUUGUGGGCAUUUCCAGGAGUAGUUUUAUGGCCCUGGUGGUAGUGUGACCCUUCUUCUGUACCGUGAACCUAAAGAAACACCUAUUUGACAAGGCUUUCGCAGGAGUUGUGGGCAUUUCCAGGAGUAGUUUUAUGGCCCUGGUGGUAGUGUGACCCUUCUUCUGUACCGUGAACCUAAAGAAACACUCAUUAGUAAGACAUAUCUCUGCCCAAGAACACCUAUUUGACAAGGCUUUCGCAGGAGUUGUGGGCAUUUCCAGGAGUAGUUUUAUGACCCUGGUGGUAGUGUGACCCUUCCUCUGUACCGUGAACCUCAAGAAACACUCACUAGAACCCGACUGACCCCUCACUGACCUUUAGAGACAGCUGAUGUGAGGACCCAAAGUGCCUUAUGAUUCCGACCUUCAUAAACAAAGCUUACCGCGAUCAGGCUUCAUUAGUAUGCAAAGAGGACUAUGAAGCUGAAUGAAGGAGCUCGUCUGAAAAGCUGGAGUUUGAAUUGCAUGGAAAUUUGACACCUGGGGAAGAAGGGGUUGCCAGCUGUCCGACAAGUUACAUUUAGAGACCAAGCUUGACGCCUCAGUUUACUUAAGUAGUGUACUGAUGUUUGUUAUACAGAUUCUGCUUCACUGACGUCCAUGUAUCCAACUCUCUGCUUCACGCAUGCCAAUUUACUGGACGGUAUUUUCUAUAGAGGUAACUCUGGAUUUACCCGAGUAUUGUGUCCGUGAAGGGUCAUUGCGUAGAUCCAAAACAGCGUAAAUCCAACAGGAGGUAGGUUUGUACAGGUAACUCUGGGUUCACGCGGGUAUUGUGUCCUUGAGGAGGUCAUCGCGUAAAUCCAACAAGAGGUCGGUUUGUACCUCUAUUGCCUACCGUAUCACUCUGACUCCUCUACCUCUCGUGGUUCCUCCUCUGGCUGCCCUUCCCCUCGUGGUGGCACAGCAGCGAGGGUGGUGUUGUUGUUGUUGAGCAGCGUGGGUACUGUAUUGUUGUUCAAGUGGCGCGUGGGAAGAACUGUGUGGCCGUGUGAGUCCACUUGCGUGAGACAUCUGGUGGACACUCCGUAAAAUAUCGCGUAUACGUGAAAAAAACGUGUAAAUUUAACGUUUAUUUGGAUUUUGGACCACGCGGUAUUUCAAAAACGCGUAAAUUGAGAGUUACCUGUACCACACUGGGCAAAUUUUCCGUCAAUCUUCAGUCAAACCACGAUUUCCGCUGGCGUGAUUGUCAUUUGUUUCUUGUUAUUGCUGAUGAUGAUGAUGGUCAGUAAUACCGUCGUCCUUCGGGGGAAUCUACCGUAGCUUUGGGAGAUCGUGGACGCGUCAGACAACCACGGAAAUAGGAGAACCACGCCAGCGGAGAUCGUGGACACGUCAGAAAACCACGGAAAUAGGAGAACCACGCCAGCGGAGAUCGUGGACGCGUCAGAAAACCACGGAAAUAGGAGAACCACGCCAGCGGAGAUCGUGGUUUGACGGAAGAUCCACAGACAAUUUGCCCAGUGUGAUAGCCCCUUUGGCCUUCCCCCUACACUCUACCACAGCAAUGGGUGUCUGAGAUCUAUGUUGUCAUAUUUAUGUGAGAGAAUCUAUACAUAAUUCGCUGAUAAUGUAUAAUCUGUAGAAAUGCCCAUGUAUAUAAUUUCCUGCACUUUGAAAUCAUAAUAGAUGUCGCCUUUCAUUAACACUAGGACGCUGGUUUAAUGCGAGAUAGGUUCCAGAUACCAUUAUAUGAAAUCAGCUUCACACCAGACUUAAGUGUAAUUUGAGUAGAAUCAGUAUGUUUGGCACCAAGACCUUCCAACACUGAUGACAUGCCCCACGAGGCUAUUUUCCUGUUUCCUCUAUUUUCAAACACGUCCGCUCCAUGUAUCAAAACACAUGAGAAAUGCAUCAAGACCAGGAGGAGGUAUUUGCUGGCAGCCUGGGAUUGUGGAGUGUUGUUUUAAUGGAGAGAUUUUCUGUUGUCUCGGUCCCACAAGUCCUGUACAUGUAUCAAAACACACGAGAAUUUAAUCACAACAAGGAGAGUGUAUUCCCCGGCUGCCUGGGAUUGUGGAGUGUUGUUUUAAUGGAGAGAUUUUCUGUUGUCUCGGUCCCACAAGUCCUGUACAUGUAUCAAAACACACGAGAAUUUAAUCACAACAAGGAGAGUGUAUUCCCCGGCUGCCUGGGAUUGUGGAGUGUUGUUUAAUGAAGAGAUUUUCUGUUGUCUCGGUCCCACAAGUCCUGUACAUGUAUCAAAACACACGAGAAUUUAAUCACAAGGAGAGUGUAUAUCCCGGCUGCCUGGGAUUGUGGAGUGUUUUUUAAUGAAGAGAUUUUCUGUUGUCUCGGUCCCACAAGUCCUGUACAUGUAUCAAAACACACGAGAAUUUAAUCACAACAAGGAGAGUGUAUUCCCCUGGCUGCCUGGGAUUGUGGAGUGUUGUUUUAAUGAAGAGAUUUUCUGUUUUCUCGGUCCCACAAGUCCUGUACAUGUAUCAAAACACACGAGAAUUUAAUCACAACAAGGAGAGUGUAUUCCCCUGGCUGCCUGGGAUUGUGGAGUGUAGUUUUAAUGAAGAGAUUUUCUGUUUUCUCGGUCCCACAAGUCCUGCACAUGUAUCAAAACACAUGAGAAUUUAGUCACAACAAGGAGAGGGUAUUCCCCGGCUGUCUGGGAUUGAACCCACGACCUGUGUGACGAGAGAGCCCCUCCUUACCGUGUCUGCCAGAGAGCUAUCCCCCUGGCUAAGUGGGUUAUGGGAGGCUCGCUCAUCAGGCAUAGUCGCUGUGCUACACUGAGGAACAGACGGAGAGCUGAAAUGAAUCUGAGUGGUAAGGAAGGCAAGGGAACCACAAGGAAUGAAGUGGAGGAGGUGGAUGCUGGUGGACAAGACAGCUGGUUCUUUGUAAUUUGGAAACUGCGAAAUUUAAACUACAAUUCAAUUUUCCUGCCUCCUAUGUGUUGUCCUAAGGUUCCUGUUGAUGACCAUUAUGCAAUAUCCCAUAGCGAAGACUCUAAAUGGUAUGAAGUAAAUCCUAGACAAUAUGUUUUGAACUAGAGCAAUACUGACAUCUAUAACUGUGUAUAUAUAUUUCUGACAUUCUACAACUCCAGUUUGUAAUCCCCCUAUGUUAGUGUGCAUACAUAUAAUUAUAUAUAUACCAAUA